UUGCGUAUCGAAACGUUAAGUAUCGCGCUUCACGUGACCGUGAGAUCGAGAGAAGUCGAGAGUUCUUGUAAUAGUUUAGUGUCUCCACCUGGCCCUACAAACAGGAAACACGUGCUUUUUUCGGAAAGCACGUCACUCCUACGGAAGUUGCCCAAAGUUCCGCUCUCCCAGAGAGUGAAAGAGAGUAAAGAUAAAUGUCGUCGUUUAGUUAAAUAGAAUAUUCUCUCCCGUUUAAUGUUUUGCUUUAUUUUUGUUGUAUAAUGUGUCGCACGUACCACGUGACUAUCUACACCCCCUUCUUGAUUGUGUUGCUCUCUUCGUGCUACCAGGCUGCAAAGUUUACUUUUUACCCAUCUUCAGUUAUUACAAAUGACAGUUCCGUUGAUAACGAAAGUACAGAAACCAGUUUUACAACAGUUUCCACAACGACGGAUUCGGUACUUAUUCCAGAAAAUUUAACAGCUGUUGCUAUAAAUUCGAACUCCAUACGGUUAACAUGGCAAGUUUCGACUGAAGCUCCACUGUUAAGUGAAUUCAUCGUCAUCUGGACAAAACUUUCAAAUGACUCUACUUCUAAAAACACUACCGUCAACGGAAGAAAUGAAAUAGAAAUAGGAAAUUUAGAUGCUUGGACCGAAUAUCGGUUUACAGUAGCAGUUUUGUUGAAGGACCAUGAUGUAGAUUUAAGAUUUAGCGCUAACACAACGGAAAGAACUGAACCAUCAGCUCCAAGUCAACUGGAAAUUCAUAAUAUUACUAGUAAAAAUACUUCAAUUUUUGUGGAGUGGAAGGAACCCAAACAUCCUAAUGGACCAUUAGAUGGAUAUAUAAUUAUAUUAGAAACAGAAAAAAAUGAAAACCUCAAGAAUAAUACUUAUAAUAGAAGUACCACUUUACAUACGUUCGAAAGACUAAAUCCCUGGACUAAUUAUACUGUCAUUUUAAUUGCUUUUAAUGAAUGGAAUGGUAUUAAAUUAAAGACUAAAGUUGACAAAACCGUAGAAACAUUAUAUGGAGUGCCGAGUGUGCCUGAAAACUUUUCAGUAGUUACUAACAUUUCUACCGCGAUACUAACCUGGGAACAUCCAAAAAAUCCAAAUGGGCCAUUGGAUGGUUUUAGAAUAACUUGUCGGAAAAUCAAUGAUAGCGAUUUAGUUAAUGAGACAAACGUCGAUAGAGACGUUAAAUCCUAUUUAAUUGACGGAUUAGCACCAUGGACCAAUUAUAGCUUUACCAUAGUCGCUUACAAUUCGAAUUUAACUAGUAGAGAAGCCACUGCAUUUGAGAAAACCUUGGCUGAUGCUCCGAGUGAACCUCGAGAUUUUGUAGCAACUGUUAACAGCUCUAGAGCAAUAUUAUUGAGUUGGAAUGAUCCAGAAAAUCGAAAUGGACCUUUGGAUGGUUUUAGAAUAAUUUGUUAGAGAAUUUUUGAUACUGUUUUACUUAAUGGCGUAAAAGUCAGUAGAGACGUUAAAUUCUAUUUAAUUGAUGGAUUAACACCAUGGACCAAUUAUGGGUUUACCAUAGUCACUUACAAUUCAAUUUUAAUGAAUAGAGAACUAGUAUUUUUAAUAAAACCUUGCGUGCUAGUAAUUAAGUAUUUUAUGUUUUGCACAUGUAAGAAAUUUGAAUAAUUAAGUACAUUUG